AUGCCCUCAUAUAUUUUUCAUAUUACAGGCGUAACCUUCAUAACCAUUGCAUCUUCUCCCACAAAUCUCUUUCUUCCAUCUUCUCCCAAGCUCUGCUCUACCAUAACCGCCGCCACAGCCGUCGCCCCUCCUCCAUACUGCCGUCAACGUCGUUGUACUCCAGCUAAGCCGCCGCAAGCAGUGUCGUUCCAGAUUCGGGUCGUGCCAUCACCGAUCCUUCUUCCAGAUUUGCCGCAGCAAGCGGUCUUUGAUUUUGGGUCGAGCAAAAACCUAUCGCCACCUUCUUCUCUAGAUCUGCCAUUUUCGCCUCAUUCUUCUCCAGAUUUGCCGCUGCAAGACGUUGGGCAGUCUCCUCAUUAUCGUGCCAUUGCUGCCUCUACUUCCAGUCGGGCCGUCGUUAGCCGUCCUUCUCUGUUAUCCAUCCCCUUCUCCCUUCUCCCAUUGUUUGCAUCUUCUCCUGCCAUCUCUUCUUUCAGAUCCGUCCCCUUCAUUGGUAUAUCUCAUUCUCCCAUUCUGAAAGGGAAGCCCUCAAAAGCGCAUCAUUGGAUUUCGAGUUACAGCGAGCAUGUUUUGAUCUUCUUUUUUGCAGGUUCUGGCCAUGGAAGUUGCGGUCGCAGUCGCAGUCGCAGUCGCAGUUGCAGUACCACUGUAUUCCCGCGGUGUCUUCGUCUGUUCGUUGAGACGGAAAAUGUGAGGUGGGAUAGUAAAGAUAUUGUGCAGGCUGAUAUGGAUCGUUUUGUGGAGGAUGGAUCUCUUGAUGAUAAUGUUGAGUCUUUUUUAUCUCAUGAUGAUACCGAUCCUAGAGAUACAAUUGGACAGUGCAUCAAUGUUAGCAAAGGUUUCACGUUUACCGAAGUCAAUUCUGUUCGAGCUGGUGCAAGCAAAGUUGUAUGUUGCCACUUCUCAUCAGAUGGUAAACUCCUUGCAAGUGGUGGCCACGAUAAAAAGGCUGUAUUGUGGUAUACAGAUACUUUAAAGCCAAAAAGUACACUUGAAGAACAUUCUGCAUUAGUUACUGAUGUCCGUUUCAGUCCAAGCAUGCAAUGUCUUGCAACAUCUUCUUUUGACAAAACUGUCAGGGUCUGGGAUGCUGACAAUCCUGGCUAUUCACUUCGUACUUUUACUGGACAUUCUGCUCCUGUCAUGUCUCUAGACUUCCAUCCAAAUAAGGAUGACCUUAUCUGUUCUUGUGAUGGAGAUGGCCAGAUAAGAUACUGGAGCAUUAACAAUGGUAAUUGUGCAGGAGUUUUUAAGGGUGGCACAGCCCAGGUGAGAUUUCAGCCCCGUUUGGGAAGAUAUCUUGCUGCAGCCGCUGAGAAUGUUGUGUCCAUACUUGAUGUGGAGACACAAGCUUGUCGGCAUUCAUUACAGGGGCACACAAAACCUAUUCAUUCUUUUUGCUGGGAUCCUUCUGGGGAAUUUCUGGCCUCUGCCAGUGAGGACUCUAUUAGAGUUUGGACACUCGGAAGUGGGAGAGAAGGGGAAUGUGUUCAUGAGUUUUGUAAUGGCAACAAAUUCCAUUCCUGUGUCUUCCAUCCCACAUAUUCUUCACUGCUGGUCAUUGGCUGUUACCAGAACCUCGAGCUUUGGAACAUGACGGAGAACAAGACGAUGACUCUCUCGGCGCAUGAAGGACUGAUUGCCGGCUUGGCUGUAUCAACCGUGACCGGUUUGGUUGCCUCGGCUAGCCAUGACAAGAUUGUUAGGCUUUGGAAGUGAAGUUACUUCCAUUCUGAACUGCUGCAAAAUCUGCUCCAGACUGCAUUUUUGCCAGAUUGUGUGCUGUAAGUUGUGCGUAUUCUGAGGGCAGUUUACGAUUUCUGUGUUUUUACAGUUUGUCUAACCCAAGAACUAAGAAACCAACCGUCUAUUGCUGUUGAAGAUGCCAUUUUUCUCAUCUGUUUAUGUGAAAUAUCCAAUCUUUGUUGA